AUGGCCAGCCCCAGGAGGUCUCUCUUUCAGGGCCUGAGUGUGCUGCUCCUGGCCUGGGCUCUGGCCGAGCCGGUUGUAUGUCCAGGGGAAUGUACCUGUACAGAGGGAGUGGUGGACUGUGCUGGGGUAGACCUCAUGGACUUUCCUAGUGAGCUGUCUGAGAGCACACGGAUUCUCUCGCUGCAGAACAACCAGAUAAAGAUAGUAACCAUUGAGGACCUGACACGUCUGCAGCAGUUGGAGACACUAAACCUGCAAAACAACUGUCUGACCACGCAAGGCCUUGAAGAUGAAGGGUUUACAGUGCUGGAACAACUGAGUUACUUGUACUUGGCCAAUAACAAGCUUACCAAAGCACCCAAACACCUGCCUCCCUCACUGGUCAGUGCUGAUUUCGCUGCUAAUUUGCUCAUGAAGAUCUACCCCUACACAUUUGGUCAGAAGCCAGGACUGAAGUCAGUGUAUCUCCAUGACAACAAGCUGACAGAUGCAGGGCUACCUGAGAACAUGUUUAACGGUUCUGACAGCCUGGAGGUUCUCAUCAUGUCCAGUAACUUCCUCCGCUACGUCCCUAGGAGCUUGCCCUCCGCCAUCUACCGCCUCCAUCUGAAGAGUAACAAGCUGGAGAAGAUCCCGUCAGGGGUGUUUGAUACCCUGACCCAGCUCAGAGAGCUCUACCUACAGAACAACUUGCUCAGCAACGAAGGCAUGGACAACGAGACCUUCAGCAAGUUGACCAGUCUGGAGUAUCUGGACCUGUCCAACAACAACCUGAGUGUGGUUCCUCAGGGUCUGCCCAGGAGUCUGAUAUUGCUACACCUGGAGAGGAACAGUAUCCGCAGUAUCCCUGGCGAUGCCCUCACAGCCUGCCGUAACCUUGAGUACCUACUGCUGCACAACAACCAGCUUCGCUCCCACUCCAUACACCAUGCUGCAUUCCAGGGCCUGAAGAAGCUACACACCCUCCACAUGUACAACAACCAGCUGGAGCGUGUCCCCAGGGCUCUGCCCCGUCGAGCCAAGACACUCAUGCUGCUUCACAACACAAUCAAUGAGAUCGGACGCAACGACCUGGUCAUUCUCUACACCCUGACCGAGCUCAACCUCAGUUACAACCGCCUCACCAGCCCCAAGCUACACAAAGAGGCCUUCAGGAAGCUGCGUCUGCUGGAGACCUUGGACCUGUCAGGGAAUGCCCUCCACUUUCUGCCCCUGGGCCUGCCCCGCUCCCUGCAGGUCCUCCGGGUGAAGGACAACCAGCUGACCUCCAUACCAGAGGGGGCACUGCAGGGCAUGGCCAAGCUCAGGAACAUCAACCUAAGCCACAACCAGCUUAGACUCAACUCCAUCUACCAGGGAGCAUGGAUGGAGCUCAGUGCUCUGACGACGUUGGACCUGUCCAGUAACCAGCUGUCCCAUGUUCCGUCUGACCUGCCUGAGUCUCUGGAGUACCUGUAUCUGCAGUCCAACCACAUCAGCACUGUCCCCGCCACCACCUUUGCGGGCACGCCCAACAUCAAGGGCAUCUUCCUACGGUUCAACCGUCUGUUAGCCCACUCUGUGAAGGAGAGCUCCUUCAAACACCUGACCAAUCUGCAGGUGCUGGACAUCGGCCACUCGAGCCACUCGGACCCCUCCGGAUCCUCCUCCAGACGAGAGGAAGAGAAGGAGGAAGAGAUGGAGAUGAUGGAAGAGGAAGAAGGAUUCACUUCAUAAGUUUAUUCCAUGGACACA